AAGUUCUACCGGACAUUAGUGUGUAUGAUAUGGUUGAAGCCAUGUGGAAUUGGGCAUAAUAGCCAUGGUCACUAUCCCCAGGGAGCCACGGCAGCGGUCAGAACACAGACUCACAAGUUGACAUAGGGGCUGACAAAAUCAGGCAGCCACCACAUGCAUUCAUGGAAGGCAUCUCGAAGAAGAAGGACAUGGACAUCUUCCAGCCACAGAUCUCGAGAAGACAGCUGGCUUCAAUCCUUAUUUGUCCGGAAAGUUGAUCCAAGAAAAGAUGCUCACUCCAAUCUCCUAGCCAAAAAGGAAACAAGCAGUCUCUACAAAUUACAGUUUCACAAUGUUAAACCGGAAUGCCUAGAAGCAUACAACAAAAUUUGUCAAGAGGUGUUGCCAAAGAUUCACGAAGAUAAACACUACCCUUGUACUUUGGUGGGGACUUGGAACACGUGGUAUGGCGAGCAGGACCAAGCUGUCCACCUCUGGAGGUAUGAAGGAGGCUAUCCAGCCCUCACAGAAGUCAUGAAUAAACUCAGAGAAAAUAAGGACUUUUUGGAAUUCCGUAAGGCAAGAAGUGACAUGCUUCUCUCUAGGAAGAAUCAGCUCCUAUUGGAGUUCAGUUUCUGGAAUGAGCCUGUCCCACGAUCAGGACCUAAUAUAUAUGAACUCAGGUCUUACCAACUCCGACCAGGAACCAUGAUUGAAUGGGGCAAUUACUGGGCUCGCGCGAUCCGCUUCAGACAGGAUGGUAACGAAGCUGUGGGAGGAUUCUUCUCUCAGAUCGGGCAGCUGUACAUGGUCCACCAUCUUUGGGCCUACAGGGAUCUUCAGACCAGGGAAGACAUACGGAAUGCUGCAUGGCACAAACACGGCUGGGAGGAAUUGGUAUAUUACACAGUCCCACUUAUUCAGGAAAUGGAAUCCAGAAUCAUGAUCCCACUGAAGACCUCGCCCCUCCAGUAAAGCUGUAGAGUUUAUAUGUGCCUACAUACAUUUCUGUGACAAGUAUUUGUCAUAAAUUAAUUUUAAUUGUUUAUCAAGUGAAAAAAGAAACACCGAGGUUUAAGCUGCCGUCUGUAGCUUGUGAGAGACCUCUUUUCUUUAAAAUUUACAUAAUCACAAGAAAGGCAACAAUCACAGUUGGACUGACGAGACAGCACCCUGUCAGCCUCUCUGAAACAUCCCCAUGUUGUCCAGUGUACCUUGUAACACUGAGCCGCUCUUCCCACCCUCCCAGAACGGGUCCAGAUGGAAAUCUGAAUCAUCUCUAAAAUAAGAUUCCAACUAUGAAAAAAAUUAGCCAUUUCUUUACUUAAAAAAAAAUCUGCUUUAUAAUUACAGAUUUUUAGACAAAUUUCUUGUAUCAGGAAGAAAUACAAAUUUUGUUAUGUUUCUCGAGCAGUUUUUCUGAGUCUCUGAGGAGGAACAACUUAAAAGUGUACCCAAUAACUGAAAAUGUGUUAAUUCACUCUCAUUUGUAAUCAGUCCACGUAGUAGACUGUGUUUCCCAAGCUGGGCAAGGUACAUAUAAUCAGUAAAUCAGUUUCACAUCAUGUAUUGUGAUGUUUCUAUGUGAGAGACAAAAACAAUGGCUUGAAACUUGUGUAUCACAUGUGAUUUUGAAAUGAACACCUUGAAUAGCACUAAUUUUUAUUUGUGAUAUUUUUCUAUAACAAAACAAGUAGCACUAGGAAAAGAGGCUUUAUUUUGUAAAUGGUCAUUUGUGACCUCAGACACUCUCUGUUUAAUAUUUUAAUAAGCUCACAGCAGAUACUUCAAGAUCACGAAUGAGGGUGGUGCAUGUUGAUUCAAACUGGCAUAAAGCUGCAUACUUUUUGUCUAGCUGUUUGAUUUCAUUUUUUAAUAUAGUGUGCCAAUUUUGUGACUGUUAUCAUGUGAAAGUCCUGCUGAAAUCAACAAUUACGUCUGCUCCACAAUUAAGAAUGUACAUGUAAAGUGUGAAUAAAUCUCAUAUCCAAUGUCAAACUUUUACAUGUGAAUGAUUUUCUCCAAGAACAUAGAAAAGUCAAUAAAAUCCUCUUAAUUUUCACAUA